GCAGUGGCUUUCCUGAGCUUGCACGACAAGCCUCCCCCCCCUCCCCGCAAUGUACCGUUACCACACGCGAGGCUAUUCGCAUGCUUCGCUGCGCAGUACAGUACGUUCCAUCCACACACACGCGCGCGCAUCCAGUAGCACUAGGCGCUCUUCCCCUGCAACAUGAGCUGACAGCCUUCUCGUAGUCUCGUAGUCCCGCCGCACGUGCACCUUUCCUGCAAGUCGUAGUCGCGCUCGUGGCGAGAUUUACACCCCAAAUAAAGUAAAUCGCCGGCGCUCCUCCUACUUCCGGGCCGAAUUCUUGCACCCGCAUUGCUUUCUUGAAUCCGCGAGGAGAGACAUUCUUGGACCCGCUUCUGUUGCAUUUUUUAACCCUGUAGACCGAUUUUGAACCCUGCACACCGAUUCUGAACCCUGUUGGCCGAUUUUGAACCCUGUAGACCGAUUCUGAACUCUGUAGACCGAUUUUUGAACCCGUGCCAGCUUCGCUGCGACAGUCUUCCGAGAAAGGGUCGGUCGAAGCGGAGGAGAUACAGCAUUACGACAUUGAACACACCUACUAUCUACUUUCGUAGAUUAUGAUGUGGAAUUCGUGCAGAAAGCCCAUGCAGGGAAGGCGCAGGCUUCUCAGCCUAUUACUCUCCGUGGUUCUGCUUACACCGAAUCUGUUUCUAUCGGGUCUGCUCCUAUUGAGCCCCUUGCGCGCUGUGGAGGCGACCGUCACCAUAAAACAGACUCAAGUCAGGGCGCUGCUGGCAGUAAAGCCUGUCCUGGGUAUCACCUUCACCAAGUGGUCCGGUUCCACCAACCCCAACUGCAGCACCGGCUCCCCUUUACCAGGCGACUGGGACGCGCUCACCUGCAGCGCCACGGGGGAUGUUUUGAGAAUGAACCUAAGGUAUCAGUUGCUCAGGGGCUCCUUUCCCUCUGCAAUAUCUUCCCUCUUCGCGCUCACUCAAUUGGACCUCAGGUACAACUAUUUGAACCAUCAGUUUGAUUCGUUUGCCACCUACAUCAAGCACCUUGUUUCGAUCAAGGACAUAGAGCUCGGACUCAACUACCUGUAUGGCAGCCUUCCUACAUACCUUCUCAAUCUGGCCACUCUAACCAGGCUGGGCGUCGCUUACAACUAUCUGAUAGGCACCGUCCCCGCCCUGCCUCCAUCCGUAACCAACCUCGACAUCCGUUACAAUCUCUUCACAGACCUCCCGACCGGAUCCCUCACGCACUGCAGCGGACACUCCAACUGCCUGACCACUCCCUCCAAGUGCGCUGCUGGGGGAAACAUGCAGAGAUAUGCUGUUGACUGCGCUGUCUGCGGCACCACCAACGGCACUGGGUCCUUCUGCUGGGGUGGAGCUGGGGGAGCAUGCGUGCCGGAAGUUGCUAUCACCCUGGUUCUUUCUUGGGCGCCCCAUCCUGUGCGGUGUGCCGGUGGCUCUGUGACUGGGAUGAGGUCGAAUGCUAGUGCAGCCAUGCUGGCUCUCAAGGCCUCUCUGGGCGUCACCUCUACCACGUGGGCAGCCACUUCGCCAUGCACCAUCAAGGGGGUCAUGCCUACCGUCAGCACUUGGAGCAGCUUGGUCUGUGACUCUGCUGGCAACAUCUUGAGCAUUGACCUCAGCAAGCAAGCGCUCAAAGGCUCGAUACAUCCUGACAUAUCCCUACUCACAGCACUGACUCUCAUAGACUUUCGCUACAACCUUUUCAAUGACGCACUGGACUCCUUCUCCUCCAACCUCUAUAACUUGGCAUCAAUCAAGGAAAUAAACUUGGGGUUCAACUAUUUGUACGGCAACUUACCUUCGUCUCUUGGGAAAUUGGCUGCUCUGAGUUCCCUAGGCGUUGGAUUCAACUACCUCACAGGCACCAUCCCAGCUCUCUCUACCACCCUCAACUCACUUGACAUCCGAGCCAAUUUCCUCACCGACCUGCCGUCUGGCUCUCUCACCUCGUGCCUCGGCCACACCAACUGCCUGGUCUCUCCCUCCAAGUGCGCCACUGGGGGAACCACACAGAGGCCGGCUCCCGACUGCGCUAUUUGUGGGACAACUGGUGCCACUGGCACCUUCUGUUGGGGAGAAGGGGGGGGGUGCGGGCCAGAUGCUGCUGCUGCCGUUGCUGCAGGGACCGUCAACAACGAUUCUCAGCCCACUUUACCUAUGCUGUGUUCAGGUGGCUGGGUGGUUACCAUGGCAUCUGGCGCGACUGCAGUCAUGCUAGCCCUCAAGUCUUCUCUGGGUGUUACCUUCACCACCUGGGCGGCCAGUGUGCCAUGCCGCAGAUAUGACGGCAUUAUACCUAGUGUUACAACGUGGACCCAGGUGUACUGCUCCAACAAUGGCAAUGUGCUAGCCAUUGCCUUGUACGACAAUCCGUUGUCCAGGCCGCUGCCAUCCCUCCUUUCAGCUCUCAACACCUCCCUUGUAGAACUCGACCUCUCCGACUUCUUCAUGGGUGCAUCGAUGCCAUCUGUCAUUUUCACACUCACCAACCUCCGGACGCUAAAUCUGAGAAACACAUCACUCAUUGGCUCCAUCGCUCAAGCUGUGGGCAACCUCGAGAAACUCAGAACCCUGAACUUGGGCAGCAACGCCAUAGAUGGAGCCAUCCCUGCUGCAGUUAACAACCUCAAAGUCCUAGAGAAUCUUGACUUGGGGUACAAUCAGCUGUCUGGCUCACUCCCGCUUAUGACUAACAACAACCUGAUGACGCUGAAUCUGAGGAGAAACACGUUGGGAGGGACUGUUCCAGCGUCCUACUCGUCCAUGACUCGCCUGCGAGACUUAUACCUGGAUGGCAAUGUUCUGGAAGGACCAUUGCCCGUUAGUUCCAAGGCCUCCGCUGAGAGAAUUUGGCUAAGUGGGAACCGCUUUUCUGGCAACAUCCCUACGGAUAUGUACUCUUAUGGCUCCGUCGUCGAACUUUCCAUUGGGGGAAACGUUCUGCAGGGCUCCAUAGACAGCAGCAUCAGCAAGCUAACAUCCAUCACUUAUCUUGAUGUAAGCUCCAACAAGCUUGGUGGAACGAUUCCCCAGGAGAUUUCAGAGCUUACCCGGCUUAGGCGGCUUGAUAUGAGCAGCAACCGACUGAGUGGAGAUAUUCCACAGAAAUUGACCGGCCUUACUCAGCUCACAGUGCUUAACCUGAGGGACAACCAGCUGAGCGGCUGUGUGCUGCAGCCCAUCCCUGCGUCCAUCCAGCAGUACCAGCUCGACUCCAACUUCUUCUCCUGCGGAUUCACUCUCCUGCCCAACUGCUCCCAACGCGUCAUAGCCGUCCAAGCCAACUGCCUUAACUCCUCCGGCGUGCCUCCCUGCACCACAGAGAGUCACUCGAUGGACCCCCAGCGAGUGAGGGAGAUUUGCGCCUCGUUCUGCAGCCUCUCCCCCACCUCCCCUCCCUGCGGCGGCCACGGUACCUGCUUCUACUCCGGCCCUAACAAGAUUCCCACAUGUGCCUGCCACAGCGAUUAUAUCAACGGGGAAGUUCCUGGAACCUGCGUCCCACGAGCUACUACCUCUGGGGGAGCUUUAAAUAUCUCCCUGCUGACCUCAGUUAGCAUAUCCUCGGGGGGUGAAGGGGCGGAGAUGGGAGUGAUUGGGGAGGCAGCAGUGCAGCCUGGAGGGGGCAUCGUGCUUACUGCCUCCCAGCACCCGUCCUGGGGUGCUGCUUUCCUCGUAUCGCCCAUCCGCCUCUUCUCCUACGCCAUUCGCAACCAUUCCUGCGGCCGCGACAUCGCCUUCUCCCUCUCCUUCUCCUUCGCCAUCACCCCCACUGCUGGCAGCAGCGGUGUCGGUGCGGGCGGGUUCGCAUUUGUCCUCUCGGCCAGUGACACGGUGAUAGGCGGUGGUGGUGGGAGCACAGUGGGUUAUGCUGGGAUGGACGAGCGCAGCUUGGCAGUGGAAUUCGACACGCUUAAAGACCCAUCUAGCGAGGACCCUGACAAUAGCCACAUUGGGAUUAAUAUUGGUGGCAGUGUUGUUUCUAUUGCCAGUGUGGCGGUCCCAAGGCUCAACAGUGGGAGCACCAAGUACGCGUGGAUUGACUACACGCCCUUGAAAGGCGGCGUGCUGAGGGUCUUUCUUUCCAGUGACCCCUCUCGCCCCACCAAGCCCACUCUUGCUCGCAGCCUGUCCCUGUGUGCGGUGCUGAGGCCAACGUUUGAAGAGGCCACCUUUGUGGUUGGGUUUACUGGGGCGUCUUCCGAUCCGCCUCAGCAGCAUGUGGUGGAGCAGUGGGCGCUUGAUACAGAUUUUCCAACCCAGGAAGUUGUUUCAGCCUUACCCAACGGCUUCACCAUGUCAGACACCACUCUGACCACCGCUGGAGCCAACCGUUUCUUUCGCUACGCAAGCGCAGGCGCACUGCCACUGGCAGCAGGGGCAGGCGGCGGGUCUGGCGGAGGGGGAGGGGGUGGGGCAGGGGGCGGGGCAAGGGUGCAGCAGUGGGCGGUAGCAACGAACAUGACCUGGGUGCGGUCAGACCUGCUCCCAAACUGGCCCGUGCGCAACCAGGCAGGGUGCGGGGACUGCUGGGCGUACGCAGUGGUCGCCAGCAUCGAAGCAGCCUACGCCAUCCUUGCCAACAACGCCUCUCUCCCUCUGCUUUCGGUCGACCUCCUGCUGAGCGACAUGAAGGCGGAUUGUGCUGGGGGGUCGCCUUCUAAGGCGUUUCAGUACCUGCUGGGGAUGAGCAAGCUCGGGGGAGGGCUGGGUUUGGAAGGGGGUGCGGAGGCAAAGGCAGCAAGGUGGUGGAGAGGUAGAGGAGGGGGAGGGAUCAUGGGAAGCAGUGGGGCAGGAGAAGUGAUAAGAGGAGCAGAGGUAGGGGAGUUGGGUGUGAGCAAUGUGACUGUGACUCGAGGAAAUGGCAGGGGAAGCCGGUCGCAGGGGAAGGCAGUGGGGAUGCAGGAUGCGAUAUGCUCACCGCUGUUGAGGCCGAUAGCGGAGCUGCUGGGGGUGAAGUGCGGGGGGAAGAAGAGACCCGGUCACUUGAUGAUCCACAAGGGCCUCACCAUCAAGGGCUUUGAGCGCACCUCCUUCUACAGCUGGUUUGGGUUGAUCCUAGCAGUGCAGCGACAGCCAGUGGUGGUGCACAUCGAGGCGACUGCUGACUCCUUUAUAAACUACGAUGGGCUAUCCAAGUACCAGGACCCCGCGUGCUUCACCUACAACCUGAACCACGUGGUGCUGCUGGUGGGGUACCGCCUGGUUGGCUCCGAUGCAGCCUUCCCCCACAUGGCGCCACCCUUCUGGAUCAUCCGCAACUCAUGGGGGGCGGAGUGGGGCGAUGGGGGCCACAUGCGCAUGGACAUCCAGGGGGGCGACGGGGUGUGCGGCAUCAAUACCCUGCCAGGCAUCUACCCCAUUGUUCUUGAUGCCAAGGACCCGUGCAACCGUGGGGCGCAUCAGGAUCCGAUAGGGUCGGUGUUCAAUCCUUGUGGCAACUUCAUGUGCUCCGUGUCGAAGGAUGGCAACCACUGCGACUGCAACACGGCAACUGAUGGGCGAUUCAUAGAGGCCAACAACACAGACGGCACGCGCACCUGUGCCUAUGUGGAUGCGUGUGCGGCGCACAUCCGCAACCCGUGUGUGGUGGGCACCUGUGUGAAUGACGGCAGGGGCUCCUACUCCUGUGUGUGUCCUCCGGGAUUCAGGCAGGGCACCACGGUAGACGGCACCUUCUCCUGCGCGCCUGGCAGCACCAGCGGCACCUACACCGUCCUCACUGACAACAUCAAGUGCUCGGACGUGUUUCCCAUAUAUGGCUUGUCCCAGCAGCAGCUGCUGCUGCAGAACCCGGACAUCUCGUGUGAGUCUGCUCUGCCACGGAAGUCGGUGCUCAACGUCACUGCACCCACUGCCAUCACCCCGUGCUCCGUCUACUACACCACAGAGGAGGGCGACACCUGUGCGGGCUUAGCUGGCUACUUCUCUCUUGCUGCGGGCUGCCCGUCCCUCGAAUGCACUGCGGCCUUCCAAGCGCUCAACCCGGGGGUGGCAUGCACAGGCAGCAGGGGCCAGCUGCAGCCCAACCAGGCAGUGUGUGUGGAGCGCAGCGCAGAGGCAGCAGCAGCGCUCGUCAUUCCACUGUGCUCGCAGCACUACUUUGUAGAGAGCGGAGAGACCUGUGAAUCCAUCCGCAAUGUGCCCAACCCGCCCCUCAGCCCGCUUGACUUUUAUCGCCUCAAUCCCGGCAUCAAGUGCAACCGCCUCGUGCCCAAGACGGACGUUAAAAGCUUCACUGGCUUUGAGGCUUGUGUUGGGAGCACAGACAGUCUUAUAGCGGGGACGUGUCCACGGAGUAAGGCAAUAACGAUUGGUACUGGCGACCGGUGCACCGCGAUACAGAUCAAAUACUUCCGGGGCAUCAAAGGAUGUUACAAGCGGAUCAACGGUUAUGAGUGCCUGGAUAGGUUGAUAACGGGGACGAAGGUGUGUAUUCCAGACAAGGUAAAAAUAGCUAAAGGCAGGUGCACUGUUUGAAAUGCAACAGUGCAGCCUAAUUGCGUCCUUUACUCUAAUACCCUAUAUAUAUCCGCACGGGAUCUAUUUGUUUAAAACCACAGGCUAGAGUAGAACACCUGCAGAGCUCUUGAAUAAAUGUUUCGUUUUGGGGCAGACCCUUUGGUGUGUUUUCUAUUUCCGAAAUGGUAUGGGAUCCGAAAUUGUCUGUAAUGCGAAGUAGCUUUGCUACUGUUGG